AACCCAUGGCUUGUCAUGAAGAGCUCAUUCCUUCUUUUUGUCUUGUCACCUGCUAGAUUUGAGGCUGAACUGGCCAUCCGUCAGUCAGUGGAGAAUGACAUCAAUGGCCUCCGCAAAGUCAUUGAUGAUACCAACAUGACCCGCCUGCAGCUGGAGUCAGAGAUUGAGGCCCUCAAGGAAGAGCUGAUGUUUAUGAAGAAGAACCACCAAGAUGAGGUCAAUAGCUUGCAGGCCCAGAUCGCCAAUUCGGGGCUGACAGUCGAAGUAGAUGCUCCAAAAACACAGGAUCUGGGCAAGGUCAUGGCUGAAAUUCGGGCACAGUAUGACAACCUGGCUCAGAAGAAUCUCGAGGAUCUGGACAAGUACUGGGGACAGCAGAUCUCAGAGAGCACAGUCAUCAUCAGCCAGAAUACCAAGGAGAUUGAGACAGCCCGUGGCACCAUCACUGACCUGCGCCGCACUGUCCAGACACUUGAAAUUGAACUGGAGUCUCUGCGCAACCUGAGAGCCGGUUUGGAGGGUAACCUACAUGAAGUGGAAGCCCGCUACGGUCUGCAGAUGGAGCACCUCAAUGGGCUACUACUGCGGACUGAGGCUGAGCUGGCGCAGUUGCGGAGUGAUGUCCAACGCCAAGCAGAUGAUUAUCAAGCUCUAUUGAACAUCAAAGACAAGCUGGAGGCAGAGAUUGCAACCUACAGACACCUUCUGGAAGGAGGGGAAGAGUUAAGCUUGAAAGAUGCCUUACUGGAAAGCACCAUGCAAACCACUCAAAAGGUCCACACCACCAAGAUUGUGGAUGGCAAAGUGGUGUCAGAGACAAGUGAAAGCAGAAUCCUGAAGAAAUGAACCCGACUUAUGUGGCAGAAAACACUUCCCAAAGCAUCUGAGAUGACAAAUGGUGAAGGAUGGUGCUGAAGGGGGACUGAAGUUGGUCAUAAUGCAAGUCAAUAAAAACAUUGCUAAAAGGAA